AUUAGUGUCAAAUUUUGUUCUACAGUUCAAUAACAUUAGGUAAAUAAAUUUUCGUUAAUAGAAAUUGUGUGAUUGUCUCGGAGAUUAUACUGUAGUAGAAUUUGUGAUAGUUUCAUGACUGUAGAAACGAAAAAUGAGUAGCAGCCAUCAGUAUAUGCAAGCAACAAAUUCGAGUGGUGUUUCUUCCAGACAUGGUGAUAUUGAACAUUUGUCGCAGCUUUCAGAUAACUUGUCAUCUUUGUGUGUUAAUCAGGAAUACUCUGAUGUUACGUUGAUAGUAGAGGGACAAAGGCUUCAUGCACAUAAGGUUAUAUUGGCUGCUAGAAGUGAAUAUUUUCGAGCACUCUUAUAUGGUGGCUUAAAGGAAUCAUCUCAGUCUGAAAUUGAACUGACAGAUGCACCCUUAAACGCCUUCAAGAUAUUAUUAAAAUACAUUUAUUCCGGUCACAUGUUUUUAAUGACUCUCAGAGAAGACGUAAUUCUUGACACCUUAGGUUUGGCCCACCAGUAUGGCUUUCAAGAGCUGGAAACGGCAAUUUCGGAUAUCCUACAUCAAAUUUUGGCAUUGAGAAACGUGUGCGCCAUUCUCGAUACCGCUCGGUUGUACGGAUUAAAUCAACUAAUUAAAGUUUGCCAUUCUUAUUUGGACAGUCACGCAUCGGAAAUCUUAUGCCACGAAUCUUUUUUGCAGCUGUCGCAGGCUUCACUAGUCGACCUGCUACAAAGAAAUUCAUUUUUCGCGCCCGAAGUCGAAAUUUUUCGAGGAGUAUGCGCAUGGUGUAGAGCAAACGAAGACUGCGACGAUUUAGUGAUGAACUGUGUCCGAUUGCCUUUAAUGAGUAUUUCCGAUUUGCUCUCUGUGGUUAGACCGGCCGGUCUAGUGAGACCCGACGCCUUAUUGGACGCCAUUGCUGAACGAACCAUUGUGCGGAACAGCAGUCUACCACACAGAGGACAACUAGCAAUGGACGAAAACGUGGCAUCCCCUCGAAUGGGUGCUAAGGUAGUGGCGGGUGAAUUAUUGGAAGCGCUAUUAGACGGCGAUCACACAAAUUAUGACAUGGAACGUGGUUAUACAAGGCACGCUAUCAAUGGUCUUGGCGAUCAAGGUAUUAUCGUUAAACUUGGCACACCUUCCAUUAUUAAUCACAUUAAAAUGUUGCUAUGGGAUCGUGAUCUUAGAUCAUACUCGUAUUAUAUUGAAUUGUCCAUUGAACAAAAAGAUUGGGUGCGUGUCAUAGAUUACAGUCACUAUGCGUGCCGUUCUUGGCAAUAUCUUUACUUUCAAAACAGAGUCGUACAGUAUAUACGGAUUGUUGGCACGCACAAUACUGUAAAUAAAGUUUUCCAUCUGGUUGCCUUUGAGGCAAUGUGCAAGGUCAAAAUUCCAAGAAUGAUAAAUGACAUAAUCGUACCGCAAUACAAUGUUGCCACUUUAGACUGCAGCGCUUCUGUUAUAGAAGGUGUAAGUCGAUCAAGAAAUGCCUUACUAAAUGGUGACACGAAACAUUACGAUUGGGACUCCGGCUAUACGUGUCACCAGUUGGGUUCCGGAGCCAUACUAGUUCAAUUAGGACAACCGUACAUAAUAUCGAGCUUACGACUGCUAUUGUGGGAUUGCGACGAAAGAAGUUACAGCUACUACAUCGAGUCGUCCGUAAACAUAUGGGACUGGGAAAUGGUCGUCGAUAAAACCAGAGAGUCGUGCAAAUCAUGGCAAACGAUACGCUUUUCGCCACGACCUGUUGUGUUCAUACGAAUUGUCGGAACACAUAAUACGGCGAACGAGGUUUUCCACUGUGUCCAUUUUGAAUGUCCGUCUUGUGAUAAAGAAGACUUAAAUAAGUGGACUUCAUCGUCAAAAUCUUCCAGUGAUCUAAUAAAUACUGUAAAUUCCAAUGACGCAAUUCAACCGACAGAGACUGCAACUGAAGCAGAAGAACUAACUGUGGACAGUGGCGACAGUUCCGAUUAAAUUUGUUGGUUUUUGAUACUUAAUUUGUUUUUAAAUUCCGAUUACUCGUAGAAAUUAAAUUGUAAAGAUUUGUUCCUUAUAGUUUAUAGUCGAGCAUCUCAUUUGGUAGGUCCCAUUAGUGUUCACUGGCUGUACAGGGUGACUAAUAAAAACGCACAGUAGAUUUGAUUAGAUUCUAAAAGAGGGGUUGUUUUGUAAUUUACUAGAAAAUAUUUUUAUUAGUACCCGUACAUGAAAAAUCGAAAGCGUCUACAGAUUUUUUGUCUGGUUUGAAGAAUUGAAGGUUGUUUAUUUUUGAUCUGCUGUGUCUUUAUAAAUGCAAGUGCAAGUUUAAGGUAAUUUAAAAGUCAUAAUAUUAUUUCACAAAUCUGUAGAUUACUAGUACAUUAGAAAGUUCACCUCUAAAUAUACAAAAUCAGACAAUUAGGAUUAGAAAUAAUAAUUGACUUGAUUUAAAUUUUUAUUUUGAUGUGAUUAAGCCUUACAAUUAUAAGUGCCAAUUUCCAUAUGCUCUGACAGAUUAUUUUACAUUAAAUUCAAGUUUUGUGUACAAUUCAGGGAGCAGCUCGUAAAAUGGGAUAACGUUAAUGCAAUAAAAUUAACUCGUUUAAGAAAUGUGAGAACCUUUGUGAUAAUUUGACAGUAUUUUUUGUAUUUUAAAUGUUAUGUUAGAU